AUGGAUCAAGUAGAAGGCGAAGAAGAUAGAAAAGAGGGAGAUGAUGAAAGUGAUGAAGAAGACAAAAAAGAAACACGAGAAUCAUCUCCGUUAUCUUCGGACGGAUCGUAUGAUGAAUCUGGACAAGUGUCCAUUUAUGAAGAAAUGCUGAAAGAAAGAAAAUAA